AUGGGUGAGCCCGAGGCAGACGCUCUCGGCGCCUUUACAUGCGCCGCCAAGGGCUUUGGCGAGCAGACAUCCGAUGGCAUCUGGCAAGCCAUGUUCCCGGGCUGGGACACACCCGAGGGCCGCAGACGGCACGCAGAGAAGCUGGGCCAGAAGUGGAAAGACACGGGCAAAGACAAAAACGGCAUCCCCCACGCCGUCUUCCUGAAAGCCGUCCUCACAGACGAGGACGGCACCGAGCGCAUCAUCGGCUACUCCAUCUGGACGCAGUACAGCGGCGUCGAGGGCCACGGCGUCACGCCCCCCAACAGCGAUCAGCAGCUCCAGACUGCCAAGGAAAAGUACCCCGACGACGAGAGGGAGGCGCGCUUUUCCCAUCUGAUCAUGCGCUCUCUCAACAGGCAGCGCAUCGAGGCCAUCUGGGCCAAGGUCAACGACGACAACCCCGCUGCGCUCGUGCUCGACAUUUGCGUCGUGGACCCGGCCUUUCAGGGGCGCGGCGCGGCCAAGAGGAUGGUGCAGUACGGCGUCGAGGAGGCGAAGCGACGAGGCGACCUGGAGCUCAUGACCGAGGGCUCGGCCAUGGGUCGACACGUCUACACCCAGUUUGGCUUCCAGCAGGAAGGGCCCGAGAUGGACUAUGGCAUGCCCGCCGAGUUCCAGGACAGGAAAAUGCCGUCGAAUAUCUUUAUGCGGACCAGGCCCCAGAAGUCGAUAUAG